CCGCCCCGCGCUGACUCUCGCGAUAGCGGCGGAGGGGCGCGGCCGGCGCGUGAGGAAGCGGAGGCUCUGAAGAGACCACUUUCCAGCUAAAGAUGGCUGCUGAUACCUCUGUUGAUAUCCUUCAAAAAGUUCUGGAGAAUGAAAUACUUCAGACCACCAAGGUUGUGGAAGAACAUCUGGAUGCUGAAAUACAGAAGCUGGACCAAAUGGAUGAAGAUGAAUUGGAACGCCUUAAACAGAGGAGGCUUGAGGCACUAAAAAAGAGCCAGCAGCAGAAACAAGAGUGGCUUUCAAAAGGACAUGGAGAAUACAGAGAAAUCCCAAGCGAGAGAGACUUUUUCCAGGAAGUCAAAGAAAGUAAAAAUGUGGUUUGCCAUUUCUAUAGAGAUACAACGUUCAGGUGCCAAAUAAUGGACAAACAUUUGACUGUAUUGGCAAAAAAGCACAUUGAGACAAAAUUCUUGAAAUUAAAUGCUGAAAAAUCUCCUUUCUUGUGCGAGAGACUGCGCAUCAAAGUAAUUCCCACUCUAGCACUAAUAAAAGAUGGAAAAACACAAGACUACAUUGUGGGCUUUACUGACCUUGGUAAUACUGAUGACUUCACUACAGAAACCUUAGAAUGGAGAUUAGGCUGUGCAGACGUAAUUAAUUACAGUGGAAACUUGAUGGACCCACCUUUUCAAAGUCAAAAGAAAUAUGGAACAAGCUUUACAAAGGUGGACAAGAAGACCAUCAGAGGAAAGAUAUAUGAUUCAGAUUCUGAUGAUGACUAGAAGAGCCACUAAAUAUAUUUGUUAAUCUUCAUCCUUCCUGGGACCUCUUCCUUCAUCGGGCUUGUUACAUGACCACACAUACCCUUGUGCUGAUACAAGGAGUUUGCAGGAAUGUGUGGCUUGGGUAGAAUCAGACUCACAAGUGGGCUGGGUUCGCAAGGCACCCUAGAGAUCAUCUAGUUCCAGCCCCCCUGCCAUGGACGUGGCUAACAAGGGAAGUUUUUACUUGUAGUUGUUCGUACUAUAAGCUUAUAUUUAUUUUGAAGUAGCAAUCUCAUAGAUUUGCUCCUUCAAAUCUUUAAUUUCAUGUCUGCUUUCUACAUAGUCUGUCUUGAAUUAACAUUAAAAUUGUUACUGAACAGUCCUCUUGGUUACACCUCCAUCCUGGAUAUUACUUUGAGAUGAACAAUUCAAACCCAAAAAUUUUGUUUUUGCUGAAACCUAGAAGUUCUUUUAAAAAUGGGAAAUUAAUCUAGUUUGAGGGGUAAGAAAGUAAUUAAUCUUCUGGGGUAGAGUUUAAUGAUUUUGCUGUGCAGGUUAAAUUAAUGAAUUGUCCAUGAUCAUAAGACCUGGGACAGCAAGCUAGAAGUGUCACAAUACAGAGAACACCAGCUUAAAUAAAUGUCAGCUGUACAGACUUGAAAAGCAGAAAGAAAGAUUAACUUUGUCAACAGCAGUCUAGUGGCCGUAUGGCUGACAGAUGAGAUGAUGAUGAUUCGCAAUAUCCAGAAGGAAUACAGGUUUUAUGUGAUUAAUUGCUUACAGCAGAUGGAUGAGGUAUGCGAGGACAUGACUGACUAAGGUUCCUGAGCUUAGACCAAUCACAAAAUGGUACCUGGUCUGGUAUGUGUCAGCCAUGAAGGGUUAUUAGACAACAAAGAGAUGAGAAAUAUUCAGGUAUAGCUUUGGAAGUGAUGGGGCUAAUGCCUGAACUCAGCAUAUAACUUUAAUAAUGAUCAGUGCUUAAGUCUGUGCCUGAUGCUUGGUAUGAAAUAAUAAAAAAAAAAACAUGAAGGCAAUAAUAAUAACCAAACAGGAUCUCAGUUGUUCAGCUCUUGAUACUGAAUUAUGAGGCCUUCACUAGACAGUCCUUGAUCAGUGAUUGGUCCUGGGUUUUCCUGUAUUUCUACUCAAGAAAGCUAUCCUGAAGAGAAAGUGCUGAGUUGAGCUUUGGCAUCUGAAAGUGUGAAGAAGUUUGGUCCCAGAAAGAGGCAGGAUGAGAAACAAAUUCUGGAGAGGGCAACAACUGAGUAGCUGCUUUCAGACCCCAUUAGUAGGCUGGAUUACCUGCAAGUGUCACAAGGGUGGAGGGAGGCAAAUUCAAAACAUGAAUCGGAAGGUGAGAGUACUUGAUGUUACAGUAGACUGCUUGAUAACUCUUCUGAGGGGUACGUUGUUCCUGAGCCAUGUUUAAAGGAUAACUAGAGAUGGGUUCCACACAUUUGACACAAAAAAGGUCUGCUCUGAUCUUUUAUUCUUGUAUCAUUCUUGGGAGCCUUCAGCAUUCAGCCACUCUAAUAUGAUUGUGGUGAUCCAAGGCAUUGCAGUCUGCCAGAUGCUCCUUGUUCCCUGUCCCUCUGCAGAGCACCAUCUGUAGGAUAUGCUACAGGAGGGAACUUACUCUCAUACCUUCUUCAUCAAUUUAAGGUAACACAUCAAACUGGCUAAAACAAUACAACAGACCCCAGAGAUUCACCCAAAAAUACCUUGUUCAAAUUUGGUUAAUUAAUUUUAAGUGCAUGUACUCUGAGAGAUAUUGGGUGCUUGUUGGUGGAAAUGAAGUAGUUAGGAAGUUACAUUUAGAAAGCUCAUAAGGUGCAUAUUCUAAAGCUACUUUUUUGUUUUUUGAUUAAUUGUUACAGCCAUGGCUUGAGCUGCCUAAAGUAAGCCAACACUGAUCUAGUAGUCACAUAGCUGUGUCAGCUCAGUGUUGAAUCUGUGUUAAUAUAAUUUGCAUUUUGGAACACAGCCUGUUCAACCAUCACCCACCUGGUGGUAUGACUUCAACAUGUGACUUAUAGAAAAGGUUUAAAAAUUAACUUACUUUCUUCACAAACCAUGCAAUCUCCGGUAACAAUUGGCUUUUCUCAAGAUGCCAUUGUAUGAAAAUCAGGUGAUUGUAAUAUACAGAACAACAUUAAUUAGCUUCCUAAUCUACUUCCUCCUUGCUAAUUAUUUCUUUUGUUAGUCCACUGCCCUAGAAGAAAGCCUGGAAUUGUUUCCUGUUUGUUUUCUAGAAUUUAACAGUCCUCAAUUCUUUGUAUCAUUAAUUCAAGGCACACAGAAAUACCCUUAAUAGUUAUCCUCAAAACAGAGAAUGGUUUGGGUUGGAAGGGACCUUAAACAUCAUUUAGUUUCAAACCCAGUGGGCAGGGACAUCUUCCAUUAAAUCAGGUUGCUCAAAGCCCUGUCCAUUGUGGCCUUCAACAUUUCCAGGGACGGGGCACCCACAAUUUCUUUAGGCAACCUGUUUCAGCCUCUCACACAAAGAUUUUCUUCCUUGUAUCAAAUCCAAACCUACCCUCUGUCCCUUUGAAGCCAUUCCCCCUAAUCCGAUAGUGAUAGUGUACAUGCCCUUGUACAAAGUGCCUCCACAACUCUCUUGUUUGGCCCCAUAGGUAGUGGAAUGUGCUAUAAGGUCUCCCCAGAGUAUUUCCUUUUCCAGGCUGAACAAUCCUAAUUUUCUCAGCUUGUCUUUAUAGGAGAGGCACAUCAGCCCUCUGAUCACUUGAUCAGAGUGACCCUCCUGUGGACUUGCUCCAGCAGUUGCACAUUCUUCUUGCUUUGGGAGCCCAGAGCUGAAUGUGUUAAUCGGGGUGGGAUUUUAUGAAAGUGUAGUGGAGGGGCAGAAUCCCCUCCCUCAGCCUGCUGGCCACAACUGACUUUGGUGCAGCCCAGACACAGCUGCUUUUCUGGUCUGUGACUGCACAUGGCUAGGUCACAUUUGGCUUCUUGUCAACCAACACCCCCCAAGUCCUUCUCAGGGCUGAUCUCAACCCAUUCAUCCCUCUGCCUGCAUUUGUGCUUGGGAUUGCCCCGACCCAUGUGCAGGACCCUAUCCUGGCUCAAACUAUGAAUUACUUGCUUUGAGUGUGUCCUUGGAGUUUUCCUUCCUAAUUUGCCCUAAACUAGGACAGAGUGAUAGAUCUGUCUUUAAGAUGGAAUGGGAACAAGCUCUCAUAGAAUCCAAUCCAGUGACCUUUUUGCUAGGACACCUUUCCUACAGUAAAAUUAAAAACCUAAUUUUAGAGAAUAGAAGGAAAGUACUUGUUUUCCUACCUCACAAACACUUCUGGCCUUAGAUAUUUUAUGUGAAGGCCAGAGAGAUGCAGAGUGGGAUGUUACUUCAAUGCUCAUCUGCAUUCUUCAGAAAGGCAAGACAAAGGAAGAGAUUGGGACCCUCAGCAUUUGUUCACUUCUGAAUACAGUGAAAACUGAAAGCUUCAUGUAUUACGAGUUUGAAGACUUUUGAAGAUGUGUAGAUGUGCUUAGGGACGUGGUUUAGUGGUGGAAUUGGCAGUGUUGGGUUAAUGGUUGGACUCAAUGAUCUUAGAAGUGUUUUCCAACCUAAAUGAUUCUGUGAUUACUUCCAGGUACAACAGAUGUAAAAAACAAUGGAAAUUUCAUUAUUAAACUGGGUGUGUCCCUUUAAAAGCUGGGAAGGACAACCAUAGAGGAUUUGUCUGAGAUGAUGCUACACAUGCAUCUUUAACUGGUCAGUUAGUGGUAGGUAUCCAACCUACGUCAGCAAUGAUGGGCAGCUUCCCUAUAAAGCAGUUACAAAGUCUGAGAAUGCCUGAUGUUACCUAUAAUUACAUCUGAGACAAAAGGAACAACCUGAGAAAUUCAUCUGCCUGUUGAUGUUAUGAAACAAGUUGAAACUCACAAUGGAGACAAUAAUUAAUUCCAAGUAAUUUUAGAUGGUGUUCUCGCCACCCAGUGACACGUGAUGCUAAAACCUGCAACCUGAAGAAGAAUAACAUGUGCAGUAUGUAGUGCUUUUCAAAAUUGUGCUCCAUUUUGAUCACUUCUCCAUUAAGCGGAAUGAAAAAACUUCCCUCUGCAUGAGGGGGAAAAAUAUAAAGUGAAAAUCUGUGAGUAGGAAAGAACUGUUGGUACUGAACCUUGGUGUGCUUUAGAUCUCAGGAGUGGUCCCUUCUAAUUUAUGUAAGACAAAGAAAAUGCUCUUGUGUCAGGUAACAUUUUUUGUCCACUCUGCUCUCCCUUUACCUGAAUGUAAUCAACAGUGUCACUGACAGAUCACAGAGAAAGCAUGUCUGUGGUCACCAACUGCAGCUUAAUGCCCUAACGCUAACCAGGAUGCCCUAACGCUAACCAGGAACUCUUCCUGCUUCUUAAAUUUAAGAAGAUGCAGAUACUAUUUGAUAAGUGAACUCCUCUUUCCUUGACUUUCCAUCACCUCCCUCCCAGUCACACGCUGUGCUGACCAAAUCCAGCACAAGGAGAAUGGGUACUGACACUGUACUCCUAAUGUAAUUUUCCAAAUUAAAUCUAUGAUAAAAAUUAAAAAGAUGUGCUGUACUAGAGAUAGAUUCAGACCACUGUCAUGAAGUGGCCCACCUACACUCAGUGCUCUGCACUUAAAGCCCCACAAAGACCUUUGAGCAGAAGAUGGUGUUUUCUAACAUCAUGCAGUUCUCGUUAGAUGGUGGUGGUGCCUUGGACAAAUACACUGGCUGAGAGCCCUGCUCCUUUCGGGGUAUAUGAGCAUGUUUCCAUAGAGGGUGGUUGCUUUUGGUUCUUACUCUAAAAGGCAGGUGGAAAAAUUUGUGUGGAUAAAGAGGUUUUGACUGAGAAAAAGUCCCUAACACUGCAGAAAAAGUAUCCUCUUAAUUGUUAAUUCCACUUACAGUGGAAUUUGUGUGAAUACAAGGAAUCUGUCCCAGGGACCUAAGAGUUUAUAACAGCACAGAUAAAAAAAACUUUGUUCUUAAAACAUAAUAUUAUUCACUACUCAAUGAGUACAUUAGGAGUAUUGCAAUGCAGAAUAGGCAUUAAGAAUUCAUGUGACUACUGUAAAAUGUAGAAAAAUGUAAUUACAUGGUAACAAAGAGAAAAAUAUGUAGCAAAGACAAACAGUAUUUAAAUUCAAAACUUUAUCUUAAGAACGGUCAGCAAGUGGACAACACAUUAAUAUGUUAAUACUAAAU